UGUGCGGUUCUGCCGUUAGGUUACCUUAAACCCUGUCUUCAUCUUCAUCUUCAUCUUCAUCUUCCACCAUGUUUGGUCUACUCAAUCGCAGAGCAUUGCUCUGCUCAAACCUCAAAACCACCAUCACCAGAACCCCCUCAUUUCUUCAACACUUUUCCUCCUCAGAACAACACUCUUUCACCACCAACUACCUCAUCAACAACCUCGCCUUCUCCCCUGAAACCGCUUCCAGUAUCUCCACCCGAGUUCGUCUCGACAACUCAGAGAAACCUGACUCAGUCCUCGCCUUGUUCAGAACCCACGGCUUCACAAACCACCAGUUAUCUCAGAUCAUCCGAACCCGCCCACUGUUCCUCUCCUCCGAUCCCAACACCGCCAUUCUUCCCAAAUUCAACUUCCUUCUCUCGAAGGGUGCUUCAACUUCUGAUCUAGUGGAAAUCAUCACCAAGGAUCCCUGGCUCAUGCACUACAGCUUGGAGAAUGCCAUCACCCCAUGUUAUGAUUUCCUCAAAAGGUACUUGGUUUCUGAUGAAUCCACCAUAGAGGCUAUAAAAUCAUGCACUGGUUUGAUUUAUUCUAAGCACCCAGAAAAAAAUAUUCAAACUCUGCUUGAGAAUGGUGUCCCUGAAUCACAGGUUCCGAUUCUGCUGUGUCGUUCGGGUUAUUUAUUGAAAAGACAUGACCCUUCUGACUUUAAGAAGGCAGUGGAGGAAGUAAAAGAAAUGGGGUUUGACCCCAACAAGAAGUUUUUCAUAGUUGCAUUGAAUGCUAAGACUAUGAAAGUUUCACUGUGGGAGAGGAAGAUUGAUUUGUAUAAGAAAUGGGGUUGGUCUGAAGAAAUUGUUGUUUCAGUAUUUAAGAGAUAUCCAUGGUGCAUGCUGGCAUCUGAGAAGAAAAUUGAGACUGUCAUGGAGUUUUGGGUCAACCAAAUGGGUUGGGACUCUCUGGUGCUCGCCAAACACCCGGUGCUUCUUUGGAUUAGCUUGGAGAAAAUAAUUAUUCCUAGGGCUUUUCUCUUGCAGUCUCUUCAAUCCAGAGGUUUGAUUAAGGAUGCUAAAUCGCCCGCAGCGUUUAAAGUUCCUGAGAAGAUGUUCUUGCAGAAAUUUGUGAAUUGUUUUGAGGAAGAAUCUGCUCAGCUCUUGGAGCUGUAUAAAGAGAAAAAAAGGAGCUGUAUGAAGAGACAAAAUAUCGUCCAAGAUGACACAGUUGCAAAUGCGACUGCCUAGUCCUAUUUUGAGUUUGGAGUUCUGAAUAAAUAGUCAAUUUAAGUUGGUGAUUUGUGUUAGCUUACUGAGUCUAUUAAUUGAUAUUACUUCAGCUCAAAGGGAAGUGCUUGUUGCAUUUGAAAACUGGAAGCAUAUUGGUUGUUCGUUGUUGUGAUCAACUGAUCAUAGAUUACUUGUUUGUUAGUCAUCUAACUUGUUUUUCCAAUUGCUAAAUUUGGCACUUCAUCACAUUUGAUUUUUUUUAGGAUGGAAUCGUUUUGAAUGCUGUUUUCUUACAGUUUUAUUGGUUUUCUGUACUCUCUGUCUGUGGUUGCUUAGUUUCCAUAAACA